AUGGAGCAAGAUUCUCAGCCAAAUCAAGCAGCUCAAGAUAUGGAAAUCGAACCUGAAAACAAUGCAACCCCUAGUGCUGAAAACACUGAAGAGCCACCAGCAGAAGAGGGCCAAUCAAUAAGCGGAAUGGUUAACCAAUCUCUUGUGCAAACUUUGAAAGAAAUGGGAUUUUCUACAACAGUAUGCGAAAAAUCACUAUUUUUGACAGGGAAUAAUUCUGUAGAAUCUGCUUUUGAAUGGAUUAACGAGCAUCAAAAUGAUCCUGAUUUUGAAGAAGAACUUCGAAUAGUAGGGCAGGCUCAAAAUAAGCAAAAAUUAAGCAAAGAAGAAGCCCAAAGAAAAGCAAGGGAGCUGCAAGAAGAGCUUAAGCGCAAAAGAAUACAAAAAGAAAAAGAAGAAGAGCUACAAAGAGAAAAGGACAGAAUGGUUACUUCACACGAAGUAUUUCAUAACGACUUUUUUUUUGGCCUAUAUUUUUUGGCCUAUUAUUUUAUGGCCUAUUUUUUUUUUGGCCUUUUUUUCACCUAUUUUUUUUGGCCUAUUUUUUUUUGGCCAAAAAAAUAGGCGAAAAAAAAAUAGUCGUUAUGAAAUAGUCGUCGUGUGAAGACACGGGACAGAAUACGGUCGACUAGAGAACUAGCAGAAGCAAAAAGAAAAUUCGAAGAACAAGAAAGCAAGAGGGCAACUGAACUAUAUUUAAGGGAGAAAAAGAAAACAGAAGAUGAGCUUAAAAAAAUGCAUGAACUUCUUAAAAAGGAUAAGGAAGCUAGAACUGGGAAAAAAGCAACUGAAGAUGCUGCAAGUGCAAAACCUCCACAGGAAAAAAUGGCAAGUGCUAUCAAGACUGUAAAGACAUUGUAUCCGAAUUUCAGAAAUCCAGGUGUAGCGGCACAAACUUUGAACACUUUGAAAGCAUAUAUAACAAAUAUUGUCAGCAAUCCUGAAGAGGAAAAAUUCCAGAGAAUACGAAUCGAAAAUAAAGCAUUCCAAGAUAGGAUUGCUAAAGUUAGUGGAGCUAUUGUUUUCUUGAAAGCUGCUGGGUUUGAGGAGGAAAACGGAUUUUACGUCCUUACUACUCCCUCUAUGAGCGAACCAAACUAUUGGAAAAAUCUCAACUUUUUUAGUAAGAGCCGCCCUCAGUGAGAGAUAAAAAUUUUUUUACUAAAUAUUUAUGAAAUAAUUUGAUAUAUAAGUUUAAUGAAAAAUAUAGCUAAUUCUUUUUGAAUUUUUGAGCAGCUUGCAUUUAAAACAAAAUUAAAAACAUUUUACUUCAGAUUUUUACGACUUGGAUUUUUUUUCGAAAAAUAAUUUGUAUAUAAAAUGUUUUAGCGUUCCUCAACUAACAAAAUAUUUUGUUCGCUACUGAGGAGGGGUUAAAAAUCGUAAUCUUGAAUUAUUGCAAGAAGGGAUUAGGAUGCUGGAUGAUGCGAUAGUAACAAUUUAG